AUGGAUCCUUUUGCAAGUGCCUCGGUCGAUAUUGAUAUGGUGUGUUGCUUUCUCUACAAAGUGGAUAUAAAAAUGUUGAUUUUUGAUAAAAAUGCAUCACUCAAACUAUUCGAAAGUUUUAUUCACAUGAGAAAGGCUGAAAAGUUGUUCAUUCAGCUCGAAAGAGAAAUGUCGGCAGGCCAACAAGGAAGUCGCGAAACGCAGCCGGGAGAUCUUUCCGGAAACAUCGCUGGAAUGAACAGCGCCAGACAACAGCGACGGUUUGCGAAACUGUUGGGUUAUUCUUGAUCUUCUAAUUUUUCAGCGGCCCAAUGCAAGAAGUUGAUUUGGACGCUGACUUUGACACUUUAGACGAACCUGUUUGGGACACAGUUGUACGUUUUUUAACCAAUGUUUUAUUAACCUAGACUAGAUUAAUUUUGAAUUUUGAAACUUCUAAAAUCCUUUUGAAAAUCAAAACAACUUCAAAAAAAAAAAAAAUUAACGAUAAGUAACGAUAAACAAAUAAGUAAUGAACCGGAGAUAGAAACGAAGAAUCGACAUUUCAUAGGCAAUAAAAAGAAAAAAUGAAAUGAUUUGUGCUCACGUACUAUAUGAAAUAUCCAGUUAAAGAUUUUUGCACCAACAGCGCAAAAUUCAAAAAAAAAAAAAUAAAUAAUAGUGUUUCCUGAUUUAAUUUUUUUUUUCUUCCUGGUAAAACUAUCAAGAAGAAAAAUAUCUUACUCCAAUAAAACGGCUAAUAAGAACUAAGAUUGUCCAAGAAAAUUAGGAUUUUGACUUUUUUUUUUUCACAGAAACGAGACUUACUGACAGUUGGACUCAAGUUCGGACAUGUUGUCCUACCUCAUGGAGACAAGCAACAAUUGCUACGGGACUGGGACCUCUGGGGACCUCUUUUCAUCUGUGUUGGCUUAUCUUUGUAUGUUUUUCAAAGUCAAGAAAAAUAUAAACAUCAACUUACGUACAAUUUUUUUUAAUCGAUUCAAAUUUUUCAAUCGGGAAAUUUCCUAUCAAACUUUCUCUUUAUGCAGUAGUUCUUCCGUGAUUUCGAUUUUUGCGAGGUACUUAACAAUUUUUAGUAAUUACUGUAAGAAAAAGUAGUGGUAAAGAAAUUGUCUUCGAUCAUCAUUUCUCAUAUCGUGUUUUUCCAUGCCUCGGUUUAAACGAUUUUUUGAUGAAUGCUCACUAAUAAUCUUUCCGACACCAAGCUGAAGCUUCUUGGAAGCGAGUAUAGACUUCAGAAAAAGUUUCCCAGAAAUAUUCAAACUCUUUUAAGAGUUUAAAAACGAUCUUGAAAUAUUUUGAUCACAGUUGUAGUUGUUUGAAAAGAUUCUCGCAAACGAAAAACUUUCAUUAUUGUCAAAUCAUCUAUCAUAUUUUUUUCCUGUUAUGAUUUUUGUUGUUGUUGAGAGUGAUGUUUACAGAUUGUUACAACAUAAUGGUGGAACUGAAUCUGCACCUCAAUUCACUCAGGUACGUUCAAUAUAAUCAAAAUUUAUAGGAAAAAGAAAUUUUUUUCAGUACAAUACAUUUAAAGUCACAUUGAAGUUAACAUCUUUUAAUUAAUUUACUUUUCAUCAAAUCGUAAAAUUUCACUUUUUUUUCGAUAUGAUACGGAAUUUAUAUUCGAGUUAUAGCUCGUCUCCAUUUUUGUAAGCCUUUUCAGCCCCACAUAAAAGUCAAAUCAUAUUUUUCACAUAAGUUUAAGGAUGUUUUUUAAGACUUGAAUCAGUGAGAAACUUUUUUUUUUCGUUGCGAGACCCUCACAUCAUCUGCAUUCUGUUCCAACUUUUUUUCAGGUUUUCAUAAUAACUUUCUUCGGAUCAGUCGUUGUUACAGCGAACAUCAAGCUUCUUGGCGGAACAAUGUUUGUUUUAGUUUUUUUUUUCUUUCUUUCUUGGAUUGAUAAAACUUGGUAAUUAACUUUUGAUAACAGGAAUAUUGUUUCAGUUCGUUCUUCCAGUCGCUUUGCGUCAUCGGCUACUGUCUACUGCCUCCUUUCGCUGCCGCGGCUCUCUGCACUCUCUUUCUGCACGGAAUCGCCUUUCCUUUAAGGCUUCUCAUUUCUGCCGUCGGCUUCGUCUGGUCCACUUAUGGUACUUUUUUCCUUUUCAAAUUUUAUUUUUCCUUCAUUGCUUUUUUUCAUGGAACCGAAAGCCUUCUGCGGCUCAGUUUAUCAAAGAAAGUUUUAAGAUUUUUUUUGUGUUUGGUAAUUUUUCAUCAUGGCUUUUUUAAUAUGAACUUAUGAAAAAUUCAUUUUAAAAAGGAAAUCUAAAUUACAAAUUCUUUUCUUUUCCAGCGGCGAUGGGAUUUUUGGCGGGCAGCCAGCCGGAGAAGAAGCGGAUACUUGUCAUUUACCCAGUCUUUCUCUUCUAUUUUGUGGUCAGCUGGAUGAUUAUCUCCCAUUCUUGA